AAGACUGCUUCAGACCUUAGCCUACCUCUUCAAACUUCCACCUCCUACCUCACGCGCCACCCUGCGCGCGUGCCCCUCCACACCCACCUGUUUUCUCUAUUAACGUGACCAACUCUCACAACAACUCUCUCUUUCUCUCUCUUCAACGCAACACAAAGUCACAAACUAACAACAACGAACGAAACUCGAACAACAACAACAACGACAACAUAGUUUGUGUUUUGUGAAACCAAAACGAGAUUCAUCUCCAAAUUUCGGUUCUUUCGUUCCAGAGCCCUUGAUUUCCCCAUUCACCAUACUUACAGGAAGACUUUGUCUGAUUUUUUCCCCCUCUUUACACUGUUGUUAAUGCGGCAAUGCGUAUGGGAAAAGAAGUCAAAUCGUGAAGCUCUGGUGUUCAAGGCCAGUCAUCCAGUGUGCAAAGUAAUCCCAAAAAAAUGUCAAUUCUGAAGGUGGUUCGAAAAAUUCAGAACUCCUUCCGGAAUUCCUGAAAUCUGGUCCUAGGAAAGAACUUCUGAGAACGUCCUUUGAUAAGGACAAAAAGAACAGUUCUACAAAGAUCAGGAUGACAGAAACAAAGUCAACUAGCAAGAUUUCCAAGAAACAGGAUUCGAAAAAAUAUUCUGCUCCCAGCAAUCAGCCUUCAAGGAAACAACAUCGAAAGGGUGAAAACCCUACUCGAUUCAUUCCAACCUCCGACCUGCCUUCUGAUUUUGGACAUUCUGACUCGUGGAUCUGUAAGAAUUCGGCUUGUAGAGCAGUUCUGUCUAAAGAUGAUACAUUUUGUAGAAGAUGUUCUUGCUGUAUUUGCCACCUUUUCGAUGAUAACAAGGACCCUAGUCUUUGGUUGGUUUGCACAUCCGACUCAGCCCAAGGGGACUCCUGUGGUAUGUCUUGCCACAUCGAGUGUGCUCUUCAGCAUGAAAAAGUGGGAGUAGUUGAUCAUGGCCAACUGAUGCAACUAGAUGGCAGUUAUUGUUGUGCAUCCUGCGGCAAAGUUACCGGGAUACUUGGAUGUUGGAAGAAGCAGCUAAAUAUAGCAAAAGAUGCUCGGCGUUUAGAUGUGCUGUGUUACCGGAUAUAUUUGAGCUUCAGGCUUCUGAAUGGAAGUUUGAGAUUUAAACAACUUCAUGAAAUUGUACAAGAGGCGAAGGCUAAAUUAGAAACGGAAGUUGGUCCAGUUAAUGGGGUUUCUUCCAAGAUGGCACGCGGCAUUGUCAGCAGACUCCCUAUUGCCGGUGAUGUACAGAAACUCUGCUCUCUUGCUAUUGGGAAAGCCGAUGAAUGGUUGGCCACUGUUCCCAGUUCAAAUCCAGAAUCCGGAGAGGGCUCCCUUCCCGCGGCCUGCAAGUUUGUUUUCGAAGAGGUAACAGCUUCAUCAGUCAAAAUAAUUUUGAUUGGAAUAUCAAAUGCGUCUUCCGAGGAAAUUAAGGGUUACAAGCUCUGGUAUUACAAGAGUAGGGAGGAAUCACACACAAAAGAUCCUGUUUGUGUCUUUCCGAAAGCUCAGAGGAGGAUUUUGAUAUCUGAUCUCCAGCCAUGCACAGAAUAUACUUUUAGGAUUAUAUCUUAUACCGACAAGGGCGAUUUAGGUCAUUCUGAGGCCAAGUGUUUCACCAAGAGCAUAGAGAUAUUGGAAAAAAGUCCGUCUUCAUCGGUUGCCAUCGGCCGCAAGAAGGAGAGCCUUCAAACUGGAGACAAUUCUUUUGGAUCCAAAACGGAGCCGAGUUCUUCAAUGUCUGACUCUGGAUUUAAAGUUCGAGACCUUGGAAAACUUUUGCAUCUUGCCUGGGCUCAAGAACAAGGUUGCUUGGAGGGGUUUUGCGGAGCGGACUUGAGAAAUUGCUUAAAUGUUGCUUCGGUGCCUGAUUUAAAUGAAGAACUUACACCUCCUUUCGAGUCUUCCAGGGACGAAGAUAAUGGUUGCACUUUGCAGCAGGCAGUUGAGCCAGACGACGAUGCAGCCUCUCAUGAUCUCGAAAAAAACUGUUUGGCAGGGUCGGAUGGUAGUGGUGAUUCCCAAAUCUGGACACAAGGGCCGACCGGAGAAGUCCCGGCUGUUGACUCUCGCGUAGAUGCAUGCAAGAAAAGGUUAGCAAGCUCGAACGAAGAGGCGCAUGAUUGUGACAGCACUCUGAUGAAUGGAUCUCCUUUACACAUACCGGAUGGUUCGUUCUCAUUGGACGAGAACUUCGAAUAUUGUGUGAAAGUGAUUCGUUGGCUAGAAUGCCAGGGUCAUAUUAAACAGGAGUUUCGGUUGAAGUUGCUGACAUGGUUCAGUUUGAGGUCGACGGAGCAAGAACGUAGGGUGGUUAACACGUUCAUUCAGACUCUGAUAGAUGAUCCGAGUAGUUUGGCCGGGCAACUCGUCGACUCAUUCUCCGAUAUUAUAUCAAUCAAGAGGGCAAGAAAUGGGUUGUGUAACAAAGCUGUGGGAUCAAAUUAAGGGUGUGGAUUUGCUUCCUUCAAGGCUCUUACCAUUUUACAGUGACAAGAUCACCUUGUACAGGCAUUUUUUAUUGCUCACCUUCUAAGUGAUUCAUUAUUGUUAUUAUUGGGGACAUUGAUGUUUCUUUGUCCUGCUAAAGGGAUUUGCAUUGAUGAUUAUUGCAGAGGCAGUAACACAUUUUUCCUUGGAGGGAUGAUCCUUGGAAGUGAAGAUUUAAGGAUGUUAGGUCUUAGGAGGCAUUUUGCUAUUUGCUCAAUUUAUUGCAAUUAUUUUUAAAACUAUGAAUUUAUUUAAUCAGCAAGAUAUUAUUAGUGUUGAUACUUUCUUUUUCUUUCUCAUUUUUCAAUUACGUUCAUUUGAUGGAGCGACAA